UUAAUUUUUCAGCAGUAUCUAUACGUCUUUAAUUCUAUUCAGAGUUGCAUCAUGGUUAAGUUUAAAAUAAUAAUAAUAAAAUAAAAUUCAUGGGAAGUUCUGCCUAGGUUUUGUAAUUCAUUUGGUAAACCUAUGAUGACUACAGAUAGGAAGCUUGUGAAAUAUUUGGGGAUUAGGGUGUUGAAAUUUUGGGCACAUUGUAUUUGAGUUAUUAGUUGCAUAAACUGGAAGGACUCUGGAUUACUAGGUAAAUCGCAUCCCACCGAAUGUGUGAUGACCUUUGACUUUUGUAAUUAUGUAGAGUAUCUGACCAUUGAUUACUCUCUGUAGGAGAUUUUGCAAAUAAAAUUUCCAUGAAUUGAAUUUUACUUGAAACUAUGAGUGGAAUGCGCAUUUAGUUGAAUGAUAUUGAAACCGUUAUUACAUUUAUUAGGAAAUAGUAAAUUUAGGUAUGGUGAUGGUAAUUCAUGCUCAUGCUAGUAAGGAAAAAACUGUAAAUUUACUCAUCUGGAAAAAUUAGGGAACUCUGUAGAUCAUCUUUAACAAUUGUCUUUGUUAAAGAACUGUUGCAUAAGUUGUGAAGGGAUUCACUAACAUUAUGACAAAGUGUACAUUUUUAUUGAUAUACACUUUUUUUUCCCCCUCGGUUUCUUAACUUAUGUUUCUAUUCUUGAAUCAACUAUCUUAAUUGUACUUCUUAUGUGUGAUCUGCUGACGUCAUAGCUUCCUAGAAAAUAAUUUCUUUAAUUGAUGCUUGUUUCUUAUCGUAAACUCGGACAUCCUAUUGGUGAAACCAUAAAUGAUUUCCUAUUAUUGGCUGCCAUAUCACAUAAUACAUACUACGAAUCUUGAUUAGCACAAAUGUGUGUAGUUAAAUAGUGUAUUCUUGGUUGCCAUAUUACAUACUCAGGUUUUUAAUUCCUUAGCUUGAUUAAAAAUGUGUGAUACUACAGGUUUUUAACUCCUUAUCUUCCACUGUCAAAUGACCCCAAGGAUGAGUUGAUCAGGGCCACCGAUUAAAUUUCCUAACAUACAUUAAAAGCAUACCGAAUAAAAAUGCAAACAAGAUGAGUACAAAACAGUAGUUAUACAACAAAAGCCAUGGUUCUUAGCUUCAAUUAACAUGAAAAGCUAAUACAAAUUGCACACAUCAAUAGUUUGAUUGGAUGUCUCAUUAUCAACAGAAUGUCCCAGUAGAGUGAAAUUAAGAUAUAUGCCAAAAUAAUCCUAGAAAUUGAUACCUCCUGUAUAAGCAAUCCUCAGCUCGAACUUAAAUAGAAAUUACGUACUCAUUUUUCCAUAAGAGAUGCAAGAAUGAAGAUAAAGGCAAUAAGUAACAGUACAACUUCCUUAGAAUGCUUCUAUAAAUAUUGAACCUCAUUAGCAAGACAACCAAUUUAAAGUUUCAUUAUCUCAAACGAAUUAAUAUAUCUCCUGAGAAAUUGAUAGUUUUGAUUAUUUUUCUUUGCACAGUCUGACUGUAAUGAUGGAUCAGAAGGAGGAUAUGGAUCUGUAUUGAUUAUUUCUGUAUGCAGUUAUUGUUGAUAGUUUAGAAUUAAUGUAAUUUAUAGUGGUUGCCAAUUUUUUAUGACUUAAACAUUGAUUAUUAUAAGUUUUAACAGUAAUGAGCUUGUGCAUUAUCGUAGUUGAGGAACAAAGGCUGUUAAUGUGAUCUAUAUGGGCAUGGUAGUUAUUUUGUCUGUAUUGGUUGACAAUGACAUGAGAAGUUCGAUAAUUUUGUGGAUGUAAACUAGAUGUUGCGUGAUGGAUUCAAUUCCCAUUUGAAUGACAUAAGGGAUUGCACAUUCUUUCCUAAAAAUGUCUAAUGUAGAUGAAAGAUAUGCGCUUAAGUAAUGCUGAUGUUGCCUGGAUGUAAUCUCUAUAUGAAACUAUGAAAUUUUGUUCAUCAGGACAAAAUAAAAUGGACAUAUUGCUCGUAAUCAUUAUGAACUAAGAGAUCUCUAGCACCUAACGUGUAAAGAUUUUCGUGGGUACAUAAAACUGGGCUUGCUCCUAAUUUCAUGGAAGCUGUUUUCAUUUUGCAGUAUUGUUUUAGCUACUAAUAAUUGGUUUAGGGUAAAGCAAGCUAUUUGAGCUACUUUAUUGAUGUUCCUUCAGUUCUCCAAGUUUUUAGUAGUACUGAUUUCAUUUUUGUUGUGUGCUUCCAAAUUUUCCCUACCAAGUUUUGAGGGUAUGUUUGUAAGCAAUAUUAAUCGUCCUAGACAGUAAAAGUAAAAAACCAUUUUAACUGCUUAUUUAGCCCCUGUUUGGCCCUCAUUUUCUAAAACUCAUUUUUAACCACACAUUUCAUGGACCCACCAUUAUAAACUUUUCAACUACACAUUUCAUCAACUUUUAGCAAAAUCUACCAAAAAUAUGAUUUUUAGCUAAACCAAGGAAGGGCUUAAUCUUGCUGGCCACUGUCCAGACCACCUUACCAAAAGGAGAAGGAAUUAUUGGACAGCUAGCUUGAUCUUUUCUCAGUCUCAAGAUUCUAUAUUUGUUGCCAAUAUUCAAAAGGUUUUUAUUUGGCCACUCUGUCCCGUCUUCUAAUUUUGAAGUAAUCUUACCAUUUAUUGUUGAGCUGCUACCAAUAUAAUUCAUUCUGGUGUUUCUUUUUGGUCAUUUUGAUUUAUAAUGACAGUGAAACUAUUUCAGGAGAAGCACAAAGAGAAAAAGCAUAAGAAGGAUAAAGACAAGAAAGACAGAAGUGAGAGGAAGGAAAAAGGGAGGAGUGAAGAUAAACGCCGAGAAAAGAAAGAACGAAAGCAAAAGCAGAACGGAGACAGGAAAGAUAAGGAGAAACAUAAAGAUAAAUAUAGGACUUCAGAAGAGAAUCAAAAUGGAGAGAAGCCUGGUCCAAUUAGUGAACUGGGUAAUACAAUUCCGAAUUCGAGAGCUUUUGUUGAAUUGCAAAGAGGAGUUGAAAAUGACUGUGAGGCGACACACAAUCAAAUGGUUGGGAAAAUCAUUCACUCAGAUCAGAAAAGUGCCAGGUUGCCAGGGAGGGUGGAAGGGACUGAUAAGAGAAAGCAUGCAAGGAUGGUUAAUGGAGAGAGUCUCGAAAUUAAUGCUAUGGGUUCGGAAAAUGGUAGAGUUUCAAUUUUUUCUGGAGAAAAUCGAGAAAAGUUCAAGGGAAGUGCUGACCACAAGGAGAAGGGAAAGACUGGCGAUGGUAAAAGAGAUGGGCACAAGAACAGAAAGCGAGACAAAAAAGGUAAAUCGAAGGACAAAGUGGGGGAAAGGGAGAAGGAAAUGGAAAAGGAAAAGGAGAAGGUGAAGGAGACAAGUAAAGAUCUGAGUAAACAAAGAGAAAGCAAUUGUAAUCUACUAGAUGUUCAUAACAAGCCAUCAGACCUUUUGAAAGAGAGACAUGGCAGCCAGGGAAGUCUUGAAAAACAGGAGCAGCCUGAAUUAAAUGGAUUUUCAUGUGACAAUGGAAUCCCUCUUAAUAAACUUCCCAGGCCUAUCUAUUUCUCUCAUCAAGUCAUACAAAAUGGAAUCAGCAUAAAUUCUUCACAAAAUACUGCUAACUUGGCUGUGGAGAAACCGGGUGGAUUCCAAAAUCAUGCAGUCAAUAUUAAGAACUUACCCUCUCUAUCAGUUGGAAAUGGAAUGAAGCUUGAACAUGGCCAAACUGCAAAUCAUUUCUCUGCCGAGCAGCGGGAAGCCACUAUUAAUAAUGUGGUUACUAACAGCCUCGUCUCUUCCCACCCUGUUUCGCGAAUUAGCAAAAAGACUGAACCUAGUCAAACUGCAAGUAAGGUAUUAAAGUUGCAACAGAGGCUGGUCAAUAACCACAAGGCCCAAUACAAGGUUUCAACAUCACUUCUAAAUGCAGAAAGUGGAAGAAUGGAAAUCAACCAACCGAACAUCCACAGGGCACAAGAGUCUNGUCGACGAUUAUCGACUGCGAUCCAAACAACAUCAUUGAUGACAUUAUCAUCGAUAAUCAUUGACCUAUCUCAUCAACAUAUAUUUAUUGCAACCACAAUUCCCUAUACCUCACAUAAUGUUGAAACCAUUUGA